GAUUUUAUACCGCAAAACCGGCACAGAUUACAGCUUGCACUUUUGCUUCGAUGAGUUGAGAUCUUAUCAGUCGCUUUUGGUUUUCAUUUUGUUGUAUAUCUUUCGAUGUCGUUCCUGAACUUCCUUCCGCAUCGCAUUUCGCAACGGUUAACAGCAAUCUACUUCACCGCAUCCAGCUUCAGUUUUCAGCGAAGGAGCACCAGCUUUCAGACAACGACCAUGGCGAGCAUGACGGUCAAGAAGAUUCCGGCCCUGAAGGACAACUUCAUGUACCUGGUCGUGUGUAACGAGACGCGGAAGGCAGCGGUAGUAGAUCCGGUUGAACCCGACCGGGUACUGGAGGUGGUCAAGGAGGACGGUGUUCAGCUGAACCAGCUGCUGACGACGCACCACCACUGGGACCAUGCCGGGGGCAACGAGGCUCUUUAUCAAAAGUUCCGUGAAAAUCCGGAAUGGGGCGAGUUGCUUGUGUACGGCGGAAACGAUGAUCGUAUUGACCGUUUGACGAAUCGUGUCGGUCAGGAUGAUACGUUCGAGAUUGGAAAGCUACGGGUACGGUGCCUAUCGACACCUUGUCAUACGACAUCCCACAUCUGUUACUACAUCGAGACGGAUCAGGACCGGGCAGUGUUCACCGGCGAUACGCUCUUCCUUGCCGGUUGUGGUCGAUUCUUCGAGGGAACACCGGAACAGAUGUACGAUGCGCUCAUCAACAAACUGUCGGCUCUACCGGACGAUACGAAGGUGUACUGUGGGCACGAGUAUUCCGUACAGAAUCUCCGCUUUGGAAACACCGUCGAACCGGACAAUGCGGACACGAAAGCGUUGCUGGAGAAGGCACAGGCAGCCGAUUUGGAAGGUCGACGGGCACUGGUACCGUCCACGAUUGGGCAGGAGAAGCGUACGAACGUGUUUAUGCGAGUGGGUGAACCCAGCGUGCAGGCAUUCGUGGGCAAGAGCACCCCACUUGAGACGAUGCAGGCGGUACGUGCCGCUAAGGAUAAGUUUUAGAAACGUGGGGAUGGGUAACGAAAUGAUCGAGAUGUUUGAAUCAAGUACAAUGUGAAUGGUGAAUAUAAAUCAUUGUGAAACAACUUA